CAGAUAAAUAUAUGAUCAAGUUCCAUUUUUUGAAGAAAUACAAGUUCCAUUUCCGCAUCAGAUUAUCCUCGACUGUCCGAUCUAGAUACCAGCGAUCAUCUGCACCGUUAAUCAUCAGCAGCAAUGGCUCCGAUUGCCGUAGGCGACUCGUUACCGGAGGGGACCGUCAGCUACUUCGACGCGAACGGAGAUCUCCAGUCGGUUUCCGUACACUCUCUCGCCGCCGGUAAGAAGGUCGUCCUCUUCGGCGUUCCCGGCGCUUUCACCCCGACCUGCAGCCUGAAGCACGUACCAGGAUUCAUUGAGAGAGCUGAGGAAUUCAAGUCAAAGGGCGUUGAUGAACUUCUCUGCAUCAGCGUCAAUGACCCCUUUGUGAUGAAGGCAUGGGCUCAAAGCUACCCUGACAACAAGCAUGUUAAGUUCCUGGCUGAUGGUUCAGCAAAAUACACCCACUCCCUUGGCCUUGAGCUUGACCUUUCGGAGAAAGGUCUCGGAACCCGUUCUAGGAGGUUCGCUCUCUUGGUAGAUGACCUGAAGGUGAAGGCUGCCAACGUCGAAUCCGGGGGAGAGUUUACUGUCUCCAGUGCCGAGGACAUCCUCAAGGCUCUCUGAGUUGUUUUGUCCACUCACCCGAUGCUUCCUUUUCUACCUGGUUUGGAAGUGUCGUUUUUGUGAGGGUUCUGUGAUUACUCUUUUCUAAUGGUUAUAUAUCGGCACCAGUAGUCUGCUUUGUGAACUCUACUUUGGAUUUAAAGUCCUCUUUUUUAAAAUGGUGUGCGCUAGUUAUGGAAAUAAAGGAGCUGUUUUCUUCUCCUUC